AUGCGGAAGAGACGCGAUCCCAAGGAAAUUACUCUUACUCAGGAGGAAUUGGACGGCUUGCAGCGCGAGUUAGAGGCUGCCCACAGGAGGAACGACAAUCUGAUGUCAAUCAUUCGUCACAGGAUCAGGAGGGAAUGUGACGAAUUGUUGACAAACGAUUGCUUUGAUAAAGAGGUCCAACACAUUCAGGAUCUCUUGGACCUGGCAAUGGAGGCUGACGCUAAGAUACAGGAAGCUGAGAAUCGGGCGGAGGCCAACGACCUGGAAAACCAGCAACUGCGGGAGGAACUCUUGGCCAAUGAACAAGAUUUGGCUGAACAUCGGAGAGAAAUUCUCGAGGUGAUGGAUUUGAAUUUGGCACUGGAAAAAAAAUUAUCCAAGAAUGAACGCCAUAUUCAAGAACUGAAAGACGAAAAUGCAGCGAAGGAAAAAGAACUUUGCGAGCACAAAUGCCAGAUUCAAGAACUGAGAGACAUUAAUCUGGCGAAGGAUGAAAAGCUCUGUGACAACGACGAGUUGCAGAAAGAAAUAACAGAUCCAAAUAUGGAGAUUAUGCCACUGAAGUCGGUGCAAGAUUUUGAUGCGCUCUUGAGUAAAUGCAAGAUAAAUGAACAAAAUCUCCUCAGCUGUGAAAAAGAAGUUCAGUAUCUUAGGAUGAAAUUACAGGAGAAGAAUGAGGAAAUAAACAAGUUUGUCCUAUGUGAGAAGGAAGUCGAACUAUUAAGGAAGGAAUUAGAGGACAAAGACAAGAGAAAUGAACAAAAUCUCAUUAGGUGGCAAGAGGAAACUGAAUAUCUUAGGAAGACAUUGCAGGAGAGGAAUGAAGAAACAAGAAAGCUUGUCCUAGGUGAAAAAGAAGUCGAAGUAUUAAGGAAGGAAUUAGAGGACAAAGACAAGUAUAAACUUGAACCAUAUGAAAAGCAAAUUGAGGGUCUGAAGAAGGAAUGUGGUGAAAAAAAGAUGGCUCUUGAUGAACUUGUUAGCCUAAGAGAAGCUGACAAGAAAGUUAUAGCUGGCUUGCAAAGGCAAACUGAAGAACUCAGAGGAGAAUUGGAAGGCAGAAAGCAAGAGAGAGAUGAUCUCCUGACUUCAGAGGCCACUCUAAAGCAGAACCUCGCCAAAUCUGAACUGGAAAUAAGUGAACUGAAAACUGAAGUCGAGAUGUUGAGGAGUCAUGUUAAUCAACACGGCAAAUGUAUCAAAGAAAUAGAAGAUCUUGGGAUACAAAAUGCGCUGAUGGAGGAAAAACUCCAGGAAUGUCAACAGGAAAAAGAAGUCCUCCGGAAGGAAUUAGAAAAGAGGCAGAGGGAUAACGAGAAGCUUUUGAGUUGGACCAAGAGGAACGAAGAUGAGAUAAAGAGGAAGGACUUAGAAAUAGAAGACCUUAUGAAAACAAGGGAACAACAACGGUGCCAACUGGAUUCCAUGCAGUCUCGGUUUCAGAAAAUGAAUGCUGCCAUCGAUGACAAGUUCUCCGAACAGGAAAAGAAGAUAAGGCGCCUUCGCCAGGAAGUUCAGGAGAAGAACAACUUGCUGAAUGAAUGCAACCAGAAGCUGAAACAAGUCGAGGUGGAAAGUAACCACCUGAAACAGCAGGCCGCUGAGGCUGAGGAACGACUAUCAGGACUCAACGAGAUUUUCAUUCAAAAUCAGAGGAAUGAGAAUGAGAGAGAAGUUGAUGAGCUUAUAAACGAAUUAGAGGACAAGCUUGUUAAGAGUGAGAAGGAAGUAGAAGUUCUUAGGCAUGAACUAAAGAAGAAGGACCUGAAUCAUGAAGAGAUUGUAAACCUGGAAACGACGGUUAUGUGGCUUCGACAGGAAGUUGAGGAGAAAAACAACUUGCUGGAGGAAUGCAUAGCCCAGCGGGACAGCCUCAACCAGAAGCUGAAACAAGUCGAGGUGGAAAGUAACCACCUGAAACAGCAGGCCGCUGAGGCUGAGGAACGACUAUCAGGACUCAACGAGCUUUUCAUUCAAAAUCAGAGGAAUGAGAAAUUAGUAAUUGAUAAACAGAGAGAAGCUGAUGAGCUUAGAAAGGAAUUGGAAUAUAUAAACAUUAUAGAGGACAAGCUUGUUAAGCGUGAGAAGGAAGUAGAAGUUCUUAGGAAUGAACUAAACAGGGUGGACCUUGAAUCUGAAGAGACUGUAAACCUGGUGGAUCAAUUAGAUGUCAUGGGGUCUCGCUUUCGGAAACUACUUGAUGCCUUUGAUUUCGAGAUCUUUCAUCAGAAUAAGAAAUAG